GGGAGAGGAAGGAGGAAGGCGCUACCCCUGCUGCACGUGACCGGCACUUCCGGCCCCGCCCCCUCGCGCCCCCUACACUUCCGGCGGGCGGUUGGAGGAGAUGCGCAGGCGCAGUGCGGUCCCCGAGCCGCCGCCGCCUUCCUCCUCCUCCUCCUCUCUCCCGGAAGCGCCGGCGAGCCCGGUCCCGCGUGGGCGUCUCUCUCGCUGCCCCUUCCUGCCAGCCCUGGGCUCCCGGUCCCCCUGCAAGGAGAUCCAGGCCGGCAGCAAGAUGACCACCGAGGGGUUUGACUGCUCCAGCUGCAAGGAGUCCCUUUACGGCCGCAAAUACAUCCAGGCUGGCGAGGGGCCCUUCUGUAUCCCUUGCUAUGACGCCCACUUUGCCAACACCUGCGACGAGUGCAAGGAACUCAUCGGGCAUGAUUGCCGGGAGCUUUACUACGAGGACCGGCACUACCACGAGGGCUGUUUCCGCUGCUUCCGGUGCGACUGCUCCCUGGCCGACGAGCCCUUCACCUGCCAGGGGGAGGAGCUGCUCUGCAACGGGUGCUACUGCCGGGAGUUCUCCUCCCAGUGCAUCGCCUGCCAGCAGGUGGUCAUGCCAGGCUCCCGGAAGUUGGAGUACAAUGGGCAGACCUGGCAUGAGCACUGCUUCCUCUGCAGCAGCUGCCAGGAGCCCAUCGGCUCCCGCUCCUUCAUCCCCGACCAGAAGGACUAUUACUGCGUCCCUUGCUAUGAGAGCAAGUUUGCCCCCCGCUGCACCCACUGCAAGAAGUCGCUGACCAAGGGGGGUGUGACGUACCGGGACGAGCCCUGGCACCGGGAGUGCUUCGUUUGCACCGGCUGCCGGACGCCCCUGGCGGGGCAGCAGUUCACCUCUCAGGAGGAGCAGCCCUUCUGCCUCCAGUGCUUCGGGAACCUCUACGCCAAGAAGUGCCAAGCCUGUGCCAAGCCCAUCACAGGCUUCGGCGGGGGCAAAUACGUCUCCUUCGAGGAUCGCCACUGGCACCACCACUGCUUCAGCUGCUCCCGCUGUGCUGCCUCGCUGGUGGGCAAGGGCUUCAUCCCUGAGAAGGAUGAGAUCCUGUGUCGUGACUGCGCUGGCAGCAGUCUCUGAGAGGGGACGCCCCCCCCUCGUGCCUCUUUUUGCCCUGUGCGCCCAGGUGAC